AUGGAGAAGCUAUUUGUGCUCAUCCUCUCCCUUACCUUAAUGACUGACUUCACAGGGUCCUCCCCGAUUCUGACGGAAAAGCAGGCCAAACAGCUUCUCAGGUCCCGACGCCAGGACAGGCCAAGCAAACCUGGCUUCCCUGAUGAACCCAUGCGGGAGUACAUGCACCAUCUGCUCCGCCUGGAACACCGCGCCGAGGAGCAGUUCCUGGAGCACUGGCUGAACCCUCACUGCAAGCCCCACUGUGACCGGAAUGUGGUCCAUCCCGUGUAAGGGGCUCAGGACCAGCUUCUGCCAGCAGUUUGAUAAGCAACAACCUGGCUACUGUUGAAACACGGGAUGAGGCUCCUUCUUUCAUUUAUUUUUCAGCCAUGGAAACGGAUGUUUUCAGACCUCUGUGGCAAAGGCUGCCUCGGGGACUGAUGGCAAAUAUAUAUACAUGUACGCUGCUUCAUUUGACUAA